CUUUCGCUAACGGAUACCGCAGACUCACGUGGUGAAAACGUGUUUCUUCUGACGCAAAUAGACCAGUUGGUAACCUCAAGCCACUAAACAUCCAACUUACAGCCGACCUACCAAUCGUGACCACUAUCUCGCGUACUCCGCGAGUUCUAGAACUCAACGGUUGCAUGAUGUCAUUUACUGCGAUAAGUCCAGAAGGACCUCCCCUACCUGCUGCGGUUCUAGGCAAAAACGUCGCACUGUAUCUCUGUGAAACGAGUCUUGAGUAUCUUGCAUCGCGGUACUCCGCGUUAACGCUAUUAGCGUCUCUUGCCGUGUACUGGCGAUCCUGUGUUAAAUAAUAUACAGUGUGUGCGUUAUUUCUCGCUAUUUGGAUCCAGAGUGCCUUCCCCACAGGACCCCACUUGUGCCCCCAUACAUCCCAUAGAGCUUGUUUACAGCAAGUAAUUCGCUAGGUCUCCAGAACAGUGCACAUCUCAAUGCAUUCCUUUUCAAGUUCGUCUGUGAUUGAGACGGCACUUCCGGUACCGCUUAGGAAGAAUGUAGAGAAACCGGUGAUGAAGACGGGGUUCCUGACGCCGCACAAGUUCACUAUUUGUGUGCUCAUUGAGCUCUAUGCUUAUCAUGUUUUGUCCUCUGAAGGUGUCCAACAGCUCUUCGACAUGAUUCUUGAGUACUAUACGGCAGAAGCAUUUCAUCCUCAGACACUCGCCUAUAUCAACAGUGUCACAAAGGAGCUGUCUUCAAGCAGCUCAGAGUGCAGUGUUUAUGAUUUGUUGCACCAGAGGCUUUGGAACUUUCAUGGAUUCGAGGAUUUGUACGAGUUCUUCAUGGGCCUACGAGUGCUUCUGGCUGCACCGGGUGAACAACCAGCAGAACAAUCACAAGAGGAUCAUUUGAUGUUUGCUCCUUCAUCUGUUCUUUCUGUAUUUUUGAGGAAAUGUAUUACGGAGUUUCGCUCUUUUUCCUUUGAACAAGAAGUUCAGUUUUUUAAAAGCUUUCUUUCUUACAGAGCACCGUCUGUCGAAUUUUCACGCGACGGUGAAGCACUGUGCGAGGUUAACAUUCGGCAUGAGCUAAAAAAUUUAGCAUCCAACCCAACAUUGUUGUCCCUUGUAUUGAAUGACAUUCCUGAUUGCCAUUCCACAAUGGAUAUGGAUUCCCUGGACCAGUUCUUGAUCCAACAUUUGCAACGUUUUGGUGCGAAUGUGCCCUCUGAGAUUGAAAAACGUUACAUUCAAAUGCUCAAUCCGAGAAAUCUCAACACCUCAAACACGUGUUAUGUAAAGUUUCUGACCGCUUGGCGGAACGGUGAUUACCAACAAUCGAUAGAAUACCUAUUUGGUUAUUUUGAUCAUGUCAUGCAACACAACGAAUACGCCUCGUAUCAGUAUGCCCUGCUGAAUUUGGCUAUGUUGCAGGCUGAUUUUGGCUGUCGCGAUAAGGCUUACCGGGCGAUUGAAGAUGCCAUUAAUACAGCACGAGAGAAUAAUGAUACGGCCUGCCUUAACUUCGCGCUUGCUUGGUUAUAUGAGUUUCAACAACAACAGGAAAUGCCUGAUCAUGUCAAGCAAGCAGAUCCCGAGCGUAUUCUUCAGUAUUUGUCUAAAAGCUCCCAAAGAACCGGUGCUUCCGAACUGCAAUGCACUUCAUAUUUAAUGCACGUGGAUAAUUUACUUCGGGAAAACACUUGUCUAACGACCAUAUUUUCCGACUUUUUUAAAGCAACAGCUUUACAGAAUGUCUGCAAAUCAACUCAAUGUCUAGCAACGAUGACCGUCCAGCGGGCAACUGUUUGGGAACGACUGUGUAAUUCGUCUUAUGGCACGUUGUUGUUGGAAACUUACCUUGCGUAUUGUACGAACAAGGCGAAUGUAAUUGAUAAAACGGCUAUAUACAUAAAAAAGGCACAGAAAAAGGCAUUGCUGGGUGAUUGGGAAGCGGCACACGUUACGCUCGAGAGUGCUCGGGGCCAUGCACAAUGGUCUUUUCAAGCAAACAGAAAAUUCGAGUAUGAGUUGUUGCUACUAAAAUUGGAGAAAUCCAUUAAUGAGCAAAAUUUCCGUUGUGCAGCUAGGAUUCUUAAGUCUAUUAGUGGAGUUCAAUACGAGCGAGGAGCGUUUGAUCGUUUGACGCUGUUGUCUAUUCGCUACGACAUGGCGUUAGGUAAUUUCAGUCGGGCAAUGGAUGCUAUUGACGACCUUUCUUUGUCGAAUGAAUGGCAGAGCUGCUUACCGAGAUUGGAACUGAAAAAGCUUAAAAUCGAGAUUUAUCUGCAAACCGGCAUGCGGAAAAGAGUACUAGUGGAGGCAAUUGAUUUCAUUAAGCUAGCGGCAAAACACAACUUCCGGGUAUAUUUCUUACAUGGGCUUUGCCUUCUCGUAUUGUGUGCAUCCAUGAAAUGCAGAAAAGCUGAAUACUUGUUGAACUCAAUUAUGCCAGACAUUCUUGUUUCAGAGAAUAAAGAGCUUUGUGCCCUAGCUUUCUACACCUUAGCUACGCUGUAUAGCUUAAACUUUGAGCGUCUUCAGCCAACCAAGGCGUUUGUCUUAAGUUUAUACAAUGCUUCGUACGAAGCUUACCGUUCUUGUUGUAUGAUUAAAAAGCAAAAGGAUGUUUUUCGAGCCAAGAUAUUGUUUCUUCGAAGCGUACAAGACGAAAGCCUUGAUCAGUACGUGGAGGAAUAUCGAAAUAUGUUUUUCUCAGAUGGUUUAGAGCGUUUCGAAAACGAGACAUCUGAAGUUACAGCCACUGUUUGAAAAAAAAAGUUUCAUUACUAAAAAGGAUGACUUUUCCUACCGGUUUUUUACGAAAGGGUAACCUCAAACGCGGCCCCGAACGUUAUAUUACUCGGUAAUGAAACAAAGAGCGGUUCCCCCUCUGACACUUAUGAACGUUAAUGAACACGAUAAUGAAUAUGGUUAGACAAUACUAUGACUGAAACAUCAUUAUUGACUGUGGAUAUAAACAUCAU